GCUGAGGUAAAGUUACGAUUCAGCGCAAACGCUUAUCUAUCGAUUUUCUUCUUCCGACGAAAGAAAACUGUGGCAUAUUCGGUCAUCGAUUUGACACAAAGCUUAAAGAGAUUUUGUGUAGUGACGAGGUCAUUUGAGUCUUCCACGGAAUUAAAGUAAAAAAUUUUAAUUUACUAGAAGCCCAUAGUUUACGAAAUACAAAAAAUAAAAAAUAAUUCCGUGUUUUCAGAGAGAUAUUUAGUUCUGGUGAAUAAAAAGUGUUAAUAAGUUAAUAAAAAAUGCAAAAUUUUGGAAAUGAAGAAUACAAUUAUGGUGGUGGAGGUGGUGGAUUUAAUGAUGGGACGGAAAAUAAUCAGGGAAGAUCGUUACCACAAGUACCAGGUGCAAGACCGAUGGUUGAUCCCGAAGCACUUGGGGAAGUUGACCCAUCGGUUUACGGUGCACCCAAAGAAGCGACACACAAAAUCCGUGGAAAAAAUGAUUUUUUAGAAUAUCUUUUUGGCUCUGUUGAUCAAGAAUUACUGACUGUAAAAACAUUUUACUUUUUCUUUUAUUCUGCAUUUGGAUCAUUGUUUCCACUUAUGGGUGUUUAUUUCAAACAAAUGGGUAUGAAUGCAGGACAAUGUGGUCUAUUAAUUGGAUUAAGGCCAUUUGUUGAAUUUUUAAGCGCACCUUUUUGGGGCUCACUCGCUGAUAGAGAACCAUUUAAAUUUUACAGGUGGCAGAAAGGAAAAAUAAUUUUGCUCGCGUCAUUGGCAUGCUGGAUUAUAUUCACACUACCAUUGGGUUUUGCCCAACCCCCAGCAACUUCGUGUAUUUUGGAAAAAAAUGGUACAUGGAGGUUAGAAGUACCUGAAGUUGGUGGGCGUAGCAAAAGAUCUAUAGAUGACAAGGAUUAUUAUCAGAAAAACCAUGAUAAUGAGGAUGAGAACCUAGAGGUCGCAGCUAAUGUCGUUUUUGAAAGGUUAAGGCGAAGUUCUAAUGAUAAUAAGGUAAUUAAUAAAUUACGUAUCAGGGGUAAUAGACUUAAAAGAACAGUUAGUGGUGCUGAUGGCAGUAGCAGUGGUGAUACAACUGAUUUGAAGUAUAAACAAUUCGUACCGGAAGAUACCCCAGAAGUAGAUCCCAACGCGAAGGAAAUUGAUUUUCGUAUUAUCGCAAAGCAAAAUCGUCCUGCUGAUGUUCUUGAGUACAAAAGAUUUUUAAAAAAUGAACCACUUGACGAAUCAAGGCCACCAAAAAAAGCUCACACACGAACGAAAACUCGUUCAAAACCCGUUCGUACAAAAGUUAUGGUAAAACGGCAAGCUGACCAAUUGCAUGACGAUUUUUUUACCGGAAACAGCGACGAAACUUAUGAAACUGACAACCGGUUGAAAACGAAACUAAAAAAGUAUUCCAAAGCUCCAGUUUAUCCAGAUGACAGCGAUGAUAAUGAAAAAUUGAAUGACGAAGAAGAAGAUCAGCAGCGCGAAAAAGAAAUUGAAGAGGAAGAAGAAGAGGAUGAUGAUGACGAAAUGGAUGAAGAUUCUGAUGAAGAAGAACUCGACGUUCCGCUAAUUCGUAGGCGUAGAAGUCUACGUUUUCCUCAUCUGCCAUUGGGUCGCAGUCCAUUGCCUGUUAAUUUCGCUGUUAACUAUGACGAAAAAGAGAAUAAAGAUUGGGUUAAACCACAAUUUAGUUCCAUUGUCUACCGACUGCCGGAUAUCCAAAAAACGUUCUUUCUUCUGCUACUCUUGGUUCUAGUUGGAGAAUUUUUCUCUGCACCAGCAAUCACUUUGGCUGACUCAGCUGUAAUUACUCUUCUUGGUGAAGACGCUGAUCGAUACGGACACCAGAGAAUGUUCGGAAGUUUAGGUUGGGGCCUAGCCAUGUUUUUUGUUGGUAUCGCUUUAGACCACAGCACAUCAUUCCCAGAUCACCCUUGCGGUCCGGGGCCAAAAGAGAAAAAUUAUACAAUAUGUUUUGCAAUAUUCAGUGUACUAAUGGGUGCCGCGUUGAUAACAGCCACGCAGAUUAAUUUCAAAUAUGAAUUCAUUGAUACCGAAACAGAAGUGGAUAAAGCACCAGCUGAACCAACUCGUGAAGAACAAUUGCAAAGUCAAUUGUCACAACAAUUAAAUCUUCCAGGAUUGCAAGAUUCAUCAGCGCAACCGCUGCCAAAACCUCAACCACCUGAGGGAAAAACUAAAAUGUUUGCACAAACAACAAGAGAAAUACCAGAAUGGGUUACAGUUAUAAAACAAUUUAAAGAUCUUAAAUGCGCGUCCUUUUUAUUUGUCGCUUGGUUUAUGGGUUUUGGAAUUGGUUUAAUAUUUACAUUCUUAUUUUGGCAUCUACAAGACUACGGUGGUACACCAACACUAUUUGGCGUUGCAUCAGUAAUCAAUCACAUUUCUGAAAUAUUUGCUUAUUUCUUCAGUUUUAAAUUGAUUCGUCAAAUUGGUCAUGUUAAGGUGCUCUGUCUUGGUCUAUGUGGUAACAUCAUACGGUUUCUCUACAUCUCAUGGUUAAAAAAUCCAUGGUGGGUUUUACCAUUUGAGUUUAUGCAAGGAAUAACUCAUGCUGCUGUUUGGGCAGCAUGUUGCAGUUAUAUAGCACACAAUACACCUCCGCACUUAAGGUCAAGUGCUCAGGGUGUAUUACAAGGACUUCACCAUGGCUUAGGACGAGGUUGCGGUGCUGUUAUUGGUGGAAUGUUUGUAGCCAGCUAUGGAACAACCGCAACAUUUCGUGCCUAUGGUCUUAUUUGUGCCCUUGUACUUGCUGCCUUCAUAUUUAUUAAUUUCUACAGAAAAGAUACUGGAUUUAUUGCGGACUUACCCCAAACCGAAGAUCCCCAUCAGGUUGCCGAGGCAACACAUUUGGCGCCACAUGGUGUACCUAGUAAUGCUAUACCACGGGCUCUGAGUUCAAGUAGACUUCAUGAACUUGCUCAAGAUCCAGGUUAUGGUGCCACUUAUCAAACAACUGGAGGAAACCUCAAUGUACCCGGUGGAAACGGCGCUCCUAAUCCAACGAAUCCAUUUCUAAGCGGCGGAGGUAAUACUGGUGGAAACGUCGGAGGCAAUUACAAUUACGGUAGGACCGGUAAAGGAGAGGACGAGUUCAUUCGUAGGAGCUUCCAGAUUUACAGUGAAGUAGUGGACAAUGAAUUUGAAGUAAUGAAACCACCAGCCGUUACGACACAUUUACAUGUUCAACAACCAUGUACUAAUCCAUUUCACCAGCAUGAUUAUGAAUGGUAACCAUACAAAUUUUAAGUAAAGAGUCUUUUCACAGAGUGAAAAUUAAUAAUCCUAUUUCAUUCUAACCUAAAAUAUUUUAAAGAAGAAAAAAAAACUGUUUUUAAUGAAAAAAAUUUUAAGUAUUAAUUGAUGAAUUAGAUCGAAUUCCUUUUUUAGAAUUAUAAUAGAGUUUUAU